UGUCUUUCCACAGUGGUUUCCUAAGACACUCAUCUUCGACUCUCCACGGGAGCCUGCCAUGGCGUUCCUUCACUUGCAGCAGCCCAGUUUCCUACUGGCUAGCCUGAAAGCUGACUGUGUAAAUAAGCCCUUUGCACAGCGGUGCCAAGACUUGGUUAAAGUCAUUGAGGAUUUCCCAGCAAAGGAGCUGCACGCCAUUUUCCCAUGGCUGGUGGAGAACAUUUUUGGCAGUCUGGACGGCGUACUCAUCGGCUGGAAUCUCCGUUGCCUACAGGGGCGCGUGAACCCUGUAGAAUACAGCAUUGCAAUGGAGUUUCUAGACCCUGGUGGCCCAAUGAUGAAGUUGGUUUAUAAACUACAAGCCGAAGACUAUAAGUUUGACUUUCCAGUCUCCUACCUUCCGGGCCCCGUCAAGGCGUCCAUCCAGGAGCGAGUCCUCCCUGACAGCCCUCUGUACCACAACAAGGUCCAGUUUCCCCCCAGUGGGGGCCUCAGCCUAAACCUGGCCCUCAAUCCCUUUGAGUAUUACAUAUUCUUCUUCGCCUUGAGCCUCAUCACUCAGAAGCCACUGCCCUUGUCCCUCCAUGUCCGGACUUCAGACUGUGCUUACUUCCUCCUGGUGGACAGGUACCUAUCGUGGUUCCUGCCCACAGAAGGCAGCGUGCUCCCCCCACUCUUCUCCAGUCCUGGAGGGUCUAGCCCCUCGCCUGCUCCCAGGACACCAGCCAUGCCCUUUGCCUCCUAUGGCCUCCAUCACACGAGCCUCCUGAAGCGCCACAUCUCUCACCAGACAUCUGUGAAUGCAGACCCUGCCUCCCACGAGAUCUGGCGGUCAGAGACCCUGCUCCAGGUGUUUGUUGAGAUGUGGCUCCAUCAUUACUCACUGGAGAUGUACCAGAAGAUGCAGUCCCCUCACACCAAGCUAGAGGUUCUGCACUACCGACUCAGUGUCUCCAGCGCCCUCCACAGUCCUGCCCAACCCGGCUUCCAGGCCCUCCACACCUACCAAGAGUCAUUCACACCCACUGAGGAGCACGUGCUGGUGGUACGGCUGCUGCUGAAACACCUGCACGCCUUCUCCAACAGCCUGAAGCCAGAGCAGGUCUCGCCCUCAGCCCACUCCCACGCCACCAGCCCCCUGGAGGAGUUCAAACGGUGGGGGGCUAAGAGGACUCCUGAGGUCACGUGUGCCCAGCCCCAACCUGGCAGGUGGGCCCUCGGCACACGGGCCCUGGGCUCGUGUCCGAGCAGGUCUUCCCUCUGCUGGGCGAGCUGGCAGCAGGUUGACCCACCCUCCCACAGGGCUGCCAUCCCGCGCUUCGUCCAGCAGAAGCUCUACCUCUUUUUGCAGCACUGUUUUGGUCAUUGGCCCCUGGACGCGUCAUUCAGAGCCGUCCUGGAGAUGUGGCUGAGUUACCUGCAGCCAUGGAGGUAUGCACCUGAGAAGCAGGCCCAGAGCAGUGACUCCCAGCCCCGCUGCAUAUCGGAGAGAUGGGCGCCCUUUGUUCAGGAGAACCUGCUGAUGUACACCAAGCUGUUUGUGGGCUUCCUGAACCGCGCACUCCGCACAGACCUGGUUAGCCCCAAGAAUGCUCUCAUGGUGUUCCGAGUGGCCAAAGUCUUUGCUCAGCCCAACCUGAUGGAGAUGAUCCAGAAAGGAGAGCAACUGUUCCUGGAGCCCGAGCUCGUCCUCCCCCACCGUCAGCACCGCAUCUUCAUGACACCCACGUUCACCGGGAGCUUCCUGUCAUCCUGGCCACCUGCCGUCACCGACACCGCUUUUAAGGUGAAGAGCCACGUCUACAGCCUGGAGGGCCAGGACUGCAAGUACACCCCAAUGUUCGGGCCCGAGGUCCGCAGCCUGGUCCUGCGCCUGGCUCAGCUCAUCACCCAGGCCAAGCAGACAGCCAAGUCCAUCUCUGACCAGUCCGCCGAGAGCACAGCUGGCCGCUCCUUCCUGUCGUGGCUGGGCUUUUGGCCUGUGGACACCAACAGCUCCUACCCGACCAAUGACCUUGAUGAAGUGGGACAGGACAGUGUUCGCAAGACCGACGAGUACCUGGAGAAGGCCCUGGAGUACCUUUGCCAGAUAUUCCGACUCAGUGAAGCCCAGCUGGCCCAGCUCACACUUGCCUUGGGGACAACGCAGGACGAGAAUGGGAAGAAGCAGGUCCCAGAUUGCAUUGUGGGAGAGAACGGGCUGGUGCUCACCCCUCUGGGCCGCUAUCAGAUCAUCAAUGGCCUGCGGAGGUUUGAGAUCGAGUACCAGGGUGACUCAGAGCUGCAGCCCAUUCGGAGCUAUGAGAUCGCUGGCCUGGUCCGUAUGCUCUUCCGGCUGUCCUCCGCCAUCAACUGCAGAUUUGCAGGCCAGAUGGCAGCCCUGUGUUCCCGGGCUGACUUUCUGGGUAGCUUCUGCCGCUACCACCUCACUGAGCCUGCGCUGGCCAACAGGCAUCUGCUGAGCCCCGUGAGACAGGCGCACGCUGCCAGCCGGGCCCAGGUCCCCAGGAUCAGCCUGCGCUUCCUGGGCAGCUACCGGACGCUGUUCUUGCUCCUGCUGGCUUUCUUUGUGGCCUCUCUGUUCUGCAUCGGGCCCCUGCCCUGCACCCUGAUCCUCAUCCUGGGCUACCUGUUCUAUGCCACAGCCAUGGCACUGCUCACUGAGCAGGGGAAGCCACACCAGGCCUGAUGGCCAACUCACUUCCAGCAGAAAGAAACCUUCAGAGGCCCCUGGGGGAGGUGAAGGAGGGGUGAAGAGGCAGCCCCAUGCAGUCUUCCUUCUGCCACUUGCAAGCCUGGGCACAGUCAUCUUCACACUUGGGGGAAUGUUUCCGACAUCAGCGGAAGUAUCUGGAAGAGGCCAAGAGAUGAGAAAGGAGACCGGCCCAAGACAUUCCACCACCAGGUCACGUCCCGCGCACUGCUGGAGGAAGAGCUUGCUGCCGGGACUGACCGCUGACACCUCUCUCAAGGCCUUUUAGUCAUUGUGGGACUUAGCUCCACAAGCCCAGGAGCUGUGUACUGCCAGUGGCUCCUGGGCUCCUGCCUUUCCCCAGAGGCCUGGUCCAGCCCCAGCCUGGCCCCUCUGUUGUCCUUAAUGUGAUCAGAUGUUCAGUGUGACACCAGGACAAGAGUUUAGCCUCUGACUCCAGAGAAGAAUCAAAGUUUCCAAAACAGAUUCCUGAAGAAAUCACAUUGUGGCUCUCCUCUGACUCCUAAUUGCAGAGCUACUGGUAAAAUGAGGGUCACUUUCCCAAGCUGGGCCACAGAAUUCCAUUUCUAAAGAGAUGAAGGUCCUCCACGAGCACAGGUGCUUCCUAGGGAACUUUAGCCUCGGGCUUCUUGGCCCCCAGGUCAUCACACCUACCACUUCAAGGUGACCCAGCAUCACUGCCUCUGCUGCCAUGUCAUGGGUGGCACCCUCGUCCUCAGUAGGCAUUGUCAACACAUUCAAAUUGAUGGAGUCUGGUCUUACCAGUGAAUACUCUACAACCAAAGAUGGUUGAAAGCAUUGUUUGUAUCAUCAGUAAAAUCAAGUGCUUAAAGACGCAACCUUUUAAUAAAAUGUGAAUACUCAAA